AUGGUAGAACCCUCGAUUCGGUCUGUGGUGCAGAAGCUGGCGGCAAGGCUCGAAAAGGAUCCCGGCACUCCUGUCGCCAAUGCCACGCCGUCGUUCUGGCAAGAUCCUCCUCACCCGUUCGCGGACCAGCAAUCCGCGAACCUGCCGACUGAGACAGACGUUGUCAUCAUCGGCUCAGGAAUCAGCGCCAUCAGCACAGCCCAGCAUCUACUGCGGCUGCAGCCGUCGCUCAAAAUUUGCAUGCUUGAAGCCAGGAGGGCCAUCUCGGGCGCCACGGGCCGGAAUGGCGGACACAUCAAGGCCGUCCCCUGGGGCGACUAUUCCGCCCUCAAAGACGAGUUCGGGAAGGAGAGUGCGAUGAGGAUCACCAGUUUCCGGCUGGCGCACUUGGACGCCCUGGUCGAGGAAGCCAAAGCGCUGGGCGAAGCCGGCAAAGUCGGCUUGGUCCGUCGCGUCCAGAGUCUGAGCGCGGUGUACGAUCAGGAGGUCUGGGAAUCGGCGAAAGUGAAGCUGGAAAAGUUUUUGGAGGAUUUUCCGGAGCAACGGGGCCGAUGGUUCGCUAUUGAGGGAGUCGAGGCGCUCAAGGAGCUAGGCAUUGCCAACGCUUUUGGGGCUAUCAGUGGCCCUUCGGGAGCCGCAUGGCCGUAUCGAUUUCUUGGAUGUAUCUUGCAGCGAUUACUGGAUGGAGCACAACUGUCGCUCGAAACACAUACUGUGGCAGAGGAUGUUCGACGGACUCCACCAUCGCCCUCAUCAACGACAACAGCAACAGCGGCAGCAGCAGAUUAUCCCUACGAAGUCAUCACGUCCAGAGGAACGAUCCGUGCCAAACACGUCAUCCACUGCACCAACGCCCACGCAGCACAUCUCCUCCCAGCGCUGCGGGGCAAACUCUGGCCCCUACGAGGCCAGAUGACCGUGCAGGCGGUGCCGCCGGACUUCCCGCGCGUCGGUGCCCAGAGGUCCUGGAGUGCAAUCUGGGCCCGCGGGUUCGACUACAUCACCCAGUCGCCCGGCGACGACGGCUCGUUGUAUCUCGGCGGCGGCUUCCUGCAAGGCGGACCCGAAAGAGACGAAGACAUAGGGAACACGGACGACAGCCAGCUCAGCGUACAGAGUCUGGAGCAUCUGGAAACCGUGCCGGCGAAAGCCUUCGUCCACGGCGAAGGUAGUCGGAUCGUGAACAAGUGGACGGGAAUCAUGGGCUUCACGGGCGACGGGUCGCCGUUGGUAGGUCGGGUCGGAAAACACGUCUCGGGACGAGACGAGUGUGACCCGCAGAUUGGGGGCGAAUGGAUUGCCGCGGGCUACGAUGGGUAUGGGAUGGUGCAUUGCUGGUUGUCGGGAAAGGCGCUGGCGGCGAUGGUCACUGGCCGCGACGAGGUCGAUGGGAUUCGCGAGUGGUUCCCUAUGAACGAGUACUCGUGCACGGAAGAGAGGUUACAAAAUAUGAGUCCCAUGCGUUCUCUGGAACAGUUCUUUGGUGUUCUGGAAACGUAG